AAAAAAGUUACACUCCCUAGAUUCUUAGCUUGAAUUUAAUUGUAUUUUGCAGGAAUACUCGUUAUGUUAAAUAUUUGAGUACAGUACUACAUUUCAGCCCUAAAAAUACAAAAAGCUUCCCCGCUGUUAAGUUUGAAGAGAAAGAAUGGCUAUGGCUGUGCGACUAAGACGACUGAAAGAAGCUUAUACGCUAAUCCCUCUUAUUUCUCCUGGAAACAAGUGUAACCUACUAGUAAAUGACAGCCAUUUUCUGCUGCCUCCUCUUUUGAGUCAUUCGAAAAAUUCAUUUGCAGACAUUAAUACGAGGUGUGGAUAUAGAUGUCAUCAGGAUCAUAGGUAUUCAACUAUAUCAGAAGCAGUGCUGGAACCUCAUGUACAACUAGAUUUCCCCUCCUUCAUUAAGUCUACUAUUGAUAAACCUGAAGGCCAUUCUCAUUGUUGGUUAAAUGGAAUUCCUGAUAAGAAAUCUCUGAAAGAUGGCAUCUUCUUAGUGCUCAUAGCUGGCUUUGUAGAUAGUUCCUCAAUCACAGAGGCAGACUUUGUUAGCAUGCUUGAGAAAGUAAAGUUUCUCCAGCAUAGAUAUCCUUUCCUUCAAAUAAUUGGUCUCCAGGAUACUAAGAUCCCACUUUGCUCCAGUGAUAUUUGCACACAUCUGCUUGGGAGAACCUUGAAAGAAUAUAUCACCUUUCCUAUUCUGUUAGCUAACAAGGAUGUUCUAGAGAUUGCUAGUCAGGCCUGCUAUGUGAUCUUUAAAGGUUCUAAAAGUCCUUCAAUCUAUUAUGGGAAGGAAGCAGAUAUGGUGAUUCUAGACAAAGCAAUCAAGGAUUUCAGAGCACAAGAGAGUGAGACCCCCAAGACCAUGCAUAAUCUGACAAGCACAUGGGUAAAGCCAACUGAUGACUUCAAGGAAUCUCCUCUCUGUUUUCCCCUGCGAAACCUGCUUCUUUACUUUCCAGGUGGCAUUUCAGUUGAUGAGAGUGGCGAUCGCCUUUUCCUUUCUGACUCCAAUCACCACAGAGUUAUUGUACUAGAUGGCAAUGGAAUGAUCUUAGACUCUAUUGGUUCUUCCCCUGGUCAUGAGGAUGGAGAAUUUGAAUCUGCAAAGUUAAGGCGUCCGGCAGCUUCUUUUUAUCACGCCGCCGAGGACUGUCUGUAUCUUGUGGACUCGGAGAAUCAUGCUAUUAGGAGAGCUGAUAUGGGGAGGAGGGUUGUGGAGACUUUGUACCCAAGAAGCAAAACAAAUAAAAAUAGCAGUAUAUGGAGCUGGAUAUUGGGAAAGCUUUGGCCUAGAAAUGAUCUAGAUGCCCCGUCUGAGGAAUUGAAUCCGGAUGCAUUGUUGUUUCCGUGGCACAUUCUGAAAUCUCCAAAUGGCGAUCUCCUCAUUUUAAACCGCAGCUGUGAGACCUUGUGGAUCAUGGAUUUAGCCUCCGGCGUGAUCAGAAAGGUUGUUAAAGGAUUUUCAAAUAUUUUGGAGAUCUGUGAGCCAUUGAUCCUGGAGAAGUCGAUGCUUUUGAAUCAAAUACCUAAUGAUUGGUUGCAGCAGCAAGUGGAUACACAUUGUUCAUCAAAGAGAAUUCCGUAUGUUGAGCUUAUAUCUUCUGUGGAAACUUUUCAGGAUCAGAUACUCAUUUGUGAUACAGUUGGUCAGACAGUGUUAAAACUCAAUAGAAACUCCGGUUCUAUAUCAAGCUUCCAGUUUUCUAAUUUGGGGAUCCUUGGGUUUCCUUACUGGUCCUCAUCUCCUCUGGAACGAGUAUGUGCUGCUGAUGCAGCAUUGGCAGCAAAUUCAAUUGAUCACAUAGAAUCUUUCAACUUGUUGCCAGGUAAAGUUGACAUACGACUGAAUGUAGAUAUUCCAGAAUAUGUUGAUCUAAUUGAACCGCUGAGUGAAAGUUGUAUAUGGCGGCAAACUAGAGGGGCAGCAGCUGAAAUAUCCGAGGCAGAUAGCACGGAUACGUCUUCAGAAAAGGUUGGUGUUGCCCAGCAAUGGUAUGAUGAAAUUGACCACCUUGCCUUUUCAAGACCAGAAAUAGAAGCAACCAUAGAAGAGGGAACGAUGAGCCGUGGUGAAGAAAUUCCAGAAGGGAAAGUCGAGAUCAGUUGCUCCGUUAACUCAAGUCCUGGAACAAGCGAGGUUACUAUUUCUGCUGCACUAUAUCUGAGACUGAAAAAGGAUUCAGAUGCGUGUAGUGACAGUAGACAGAGUAAAGCAGCCAGGAUAGCAGAUCUGUUGAACCCUGGGACAAGGGUAAACAGAGAUGUAAUUCUUCAGUUCUUGCUGACAUCAAAAAGAGAUCUAGAAGAAGUCAUCAUAACAAGACCGAUACACGUGAGACUCAAGUUUGAUUGUCCAAACCAUCCGAAAGCAGAUAAUAACAAAGAUAUAAUUUUGACGGACACCUCUUUAAAUGUGAAUGUUGCUCUAAAGUAACCUUUAAUAGUGUAUGGAUGACUCUUGAAAAUAUUUGUGGGUCAUUAUUAUUUUUGUAUGAAAAAGCGGCUUACAAGUUCUAUUUUCUAGUGGCUUUUCUAUCUGUUCCUAAAGGGACUUACUGUUUUCUUCUGUUUUAAUUGACUGGAUAAUAUCUGUAUGGAGCUGUAAAAUUACUAUUUCUACGAUGGAAAAACGCUCCCCAUUCUAAA